AUGUCUACUUUGUUUCCCUCACUCUUCCCCCGUGUGACGGAGACACUCUGGUUUAAUCUGGAUCGACCCUGUGUGGAGGAGACAGAACUGCAACAGCAGGAACAGCAGCAUCAAGCCUGGCUCCAGAGCAUCGCAGAAAAAGACAACAACCUGGUACCUAUUGGCAAGCCGGCCUCCGAGCACUAUGAUGACGAGGAGGAAGAGGAUGAUGAAGAUGAUGAAGAUAGUGAGGAGGACUCAGAAGAUGAUGAGGACAUGCAGGACAUGGAUGAGAUGAACGACUACAACGAGUCACCUGAUGAUGGAGAGGUCAAUGAGCCUCCUCCUCAGGUGGACAUGGAAGGCAACGAGCAGGAUCAGGACCAGUGGAUGAUCUAG